UCGCCCUCCACCUUAUUGGUGGAAUCCGUUUUUAAAAGGUUAAUAAUUAAUUAUUUCAACGUUGUUGAGGUUGGGUAAAAGUAGAUUCUUAUAGUUUUUUGGUCGCUGAUUUCGAAUCUGAGGUCGAUUGCGACAUCAUGGCAAGGGACACAGGGCCAAUUAAUUAUAUUAAAAUAACACGUAAAAUUAUAAAGCUGCAAAUAUAAGGCUGGGUUUGGUAGCAAUUUAUGAAUAAAUUAAAAGUUGACAUAAAUUCAUGUAACUCUUGUCAAUCAGAGAGUGAAACGUUUGGGAACCCAUCACUACUGCCACUAUGUGAUAAUUUUUUUAAUAAUGUACAUGCCAACUGCAACUUCGUCUCUUCACGAUGCUUACUUCGACGAUGAAAAAACUUCAAUUUUCGAAAACCCUGGUACCUUUUGGAACCAGUGUGCACUCACAUUUCGUUCCCACGAAUUAAUUUGUUAACCAUGGAUACAAGAAUCAGUGCAGUUGUUGUAAAUGUGAAAUCGGCUAUUUCGGCGUUCUGUUAGAAAUUUUUGUGCUUUAAUUACCGUUAGCGACGGCCCAAAUAAUUAGCACUUCAAAAAUGGAUUGAGGCUAUCGAAGCAACUGUCGUAACCUUGUAUUAUGAUAAAUUGUCAAGCAAUCUUGGUGUCACCCUGUUAAAAACAUUACAAAUUAAAAAGUGCAAUUUCUCCGAUUUCAGUACGAGUUUCUACUUGAUCAUUUUUCGUCAUUCCUAACCAUCUUUGCAACAUGUCUAGAACAUCGUGUCACCUGUCACCGUCCAAAUCGGGAGUUCGUUCCCAAGCCAGUAUGCACGAUGAACUACAAAAUGACGUUUGUAUCAGCCCUACCAUCUCUGCCACUGAGAUAACCAAGAAAUCGAAGGGUAAUAACCCUCCUAUCGCUGCUGUGAAAAGGGAUGACACUGUCUCAACUUGGCCACAAGUCACUCCCAAAGGUUCCCAGCAAUCUAUACAUAAACCAACGCCAUCGUUACCUCUGGUGUCUGGAUCUGAGGGAGAACAUUCCCCAAUUCACUACGAGUCAUUUUAUGAACCAUCUCCCCACCACCGUUGCUGGACUAUAAGGGACUUUCCCACAACGUCCAAGUACCCAAAAAUGUUAAAACCGUACAAGUUGCAGUUCGAAGGUGCUAUUCCUCCAAUAGAAUUCCAGCUAUAUCUCAACAAGAAAGAUACACUUGUCCUUCAACCCGUGGUGACGAAAGAAGACGUCAAAACUUACGGAUCACUCUUUGUCAAGUACGGAUUUUCAUUAGGACCUCAUCAGAAAUUGGGAGAAGAUUUUACGUUAUCUUCACCCAUUCUAAAAAUCAAGAAUAUCAACAAGACGCAUCUCAACAUAAUGGAAUCCAGUAUGAUUAGCCAGUCGUAUCUGGUCGAUGGGAAUUUAAAUCUGAUCGUGAAAUAUGUCCCCUUCGCCCCCAAGACGCAGCCCGUACUCGAUAGCGUAGUAGAACUGGAGAAGGGAUUAGUUGUAAGCUGUAGCCAGUUCAGUUUCAUCUCCCAUAAUAAAGUGACCACAGAAGAAGAGGAUGUGAUUUCGGAAGAUGUGGUGGAUGACACUCGUCAAUUUGACAUAAGUCUGGCUGAAAAAUAUUCUCUUGGAGGAGAUGACGACGAUGAAGACGAAGAAAUCCUAAACUACGAUUUCUGCAGCAGAAUCAAGUCCAAACCUUUGCGCCGAAGUAGAAAAAGUGAUUUUUUGCGACAAAAGAAAGAAAUGUGCAGUCAUACGACGGGAGGAGGAGGAGGGAGCUAUUAUCGUCCACUAAACUUGACCUCUAGCGCAAAUUUGAAUCAAACAAUGUGACCAAUCAAACUAUUGUUACCCAUGCUAAUUUAAUUUAGUCAUUCUCAGCUACCUACAUAUUCAACAAAGUGUACCUUUUAUGCAUGAAUCUACCAAAUACUUACUGAAAUAGUGGUUGUCCUGUCCACUCGUCAAUAAUAAAGUACAAAUACACUGUUUAAAUAAUGGGAUUCUUUUGGAUUGUUUAAGUCUGGAAUUUCCAGUCUUUAAAAAAGCAAAUUAAGGCGUGUCUUUUUCUGAAUGGGUAAAUUUUCUUGUUCUCUUAUGACUUUGCAUCUUUUAUAUUUCUUGUGAAAUUUUCUAUGUACUUAUUCCAGCUCUGUGGGAAUUUCCCUUUGAAAGAAACAAAUAUUGAGUGGUAUGCAAAAAUAGAAAUUCACUUUCAUGAAACCAAUGUUUUUGUCAUGCAUGCUAUGACUGAAUCCCCUCACUUAAAGCUCUUCUAACUAAACAAUCCACUCUCGAGAACUAAUUUUAAUUGCGUAGCGCAACGACUUAACAGUACAAACAAUAGAGAACUACUUCUUACAUAAUUAUAAUCACGCUACAAUAAGCUUAGGGUCAAGUUUAUGCAUCUGCAUACAAUACUAAUUAAA